AGGACCCCCGCCAUGCUGCCCCCCCGUUGCUGCUGGGCUCUGCUCCUCCUCUGCGCCCCCGCUGCCGGGGGGGCUGCUGGGCUGGCUGGGUUUCGGCACCCCUCCCCAAGAAGGGGGGACCCCCCCGCCCCCAGGACCGCUGAGCCCCCCCCGAGUCCCCUUCGAGAUGACGAUGGGCGACGAGCGCUUCCAGGCCGAGGGGGCGCAGUGGGAGCUGUCCCCCCUGGACUCCUGCCACCGCCAGGUCGUGGCGCGGCUCCGCUCGUCCUGCGCCGACCUGAGCGAGGAGGAGGUGGCCAAGCUGGGGGUGGCCCUGUUCAACUGCCAGGCCAGCGCCGAGGGCCGCCGCACCUACCCCUGCACCCCGGAGAUGGUAAGGGGGCGGCGCGCCCCGGUUCCCACCCCAUAAAAUCCUAUAGCGGUG